AUGCCAAUCAGCCAUAAUAUACACAACAGAGAUUCUGAGGAUGAUUACACUCUUAUUUUUAUAGUAUCAAAAGACUAAACUCUAGAAAGUUUACUUUAAAAAGUUGAUUAAGACCUAGAUGGUAUCUCUAAUAAUACUAAAGUCCUUAUACACAAUAAAUUGAUAGAUUCAGAUGUCCAUAUGAAAUCAAGCUUAACUUAAUUGGGAAUAUAAGAUUAAAGUCAUAUCACCCUCCUUAAUCAUAACACUAGCAAUGGAAUUUCAUGUAAUAUAUUUGAAUCUUUAAAAAUAAAAAUAGGUAAAAUGAACAAAUUGAAAAAUCUUUAAACCAGAAGCUAUACCUCAAAAGAUAAUGAGAAUUAAGAUGAGAAAAUAACCCCAGAAUUAAUAGGCAUGAUGACAGAUGCUGACAAACCUUUAAUGCCACAUGGCUACUUUCUUAAAGAGAGACUUAAUAAUCUGAUAAACAUGCUUGAAAACGAAUUGAUUCAAACAGCUGCUCUAGAUUUAAGAGUUUAGCAAGAAUAAAUGUUCGUCAGAAGAAACUAAUUCGGGUAAUUACUGGAAGCAUUUGCUGGGGUAAGCAAUGUGAGUUAGAUGAGAACGCCUCCAAGGCUACAGAGAGAAAGAUUAUUUAGUGAAGACCAUUAGCAAUUUAACUAAUCCAGCCUGCUCAAUUAGAUCAGUACUGAGGCAAAUCAAGAAAAAGUAAUAAUCCUUAAAGAAAUGGGGUUUAAUGAAGAUCAAGCUAAAUCUGCUUUGAUAAGAUUUAGAAAUAACUUAGAUCAAGCAAUGAACUAUUUGCUGUCUGGUGAAGAUGCUGAAAUGAACUCUAACUCUACUCAAUCAAGUGUUUAAAUAUCUUAAGACAAUAAUAGUGGCAUUUAGCCCUAAUAAUAACUGCAGUAAACACAAAGUUAGCUAAAUGAGGACUACGUCUCUUAACUAAUGGAUAUGGGCUUUGGUAGAUAAGAGGUUAUAUCAGCACUAAGGCUUUCAAGAAACGAUUAUGAAUUAGCAUGUGAUUAUUUACUGAAUAGUGAAUCCAGAUAUGAAGAACCAAAUUUCUCAGUAAAUUAUCCAUCCUAAGAACAGAUAAUGUAACAGAGCAGGCAAUUCAAUCUUGACUAAUAAGCCAAUUAAUAAUAAAAUCAAGAAAAUUUAUAAGCUUAAGAAUCAAUAAAUAUAAAUAAUCAAGUGAUGAUACUCGAUUAAUAACAUGACUAUUCGUAAGAGUAUGAUUAGGUAGUUGAUGAUGAAGAAAUCCCUGAAUAAACAGAGGCAUUUAACACACAAAAUUACCAUUGA